AGACGCCUACAGUGGGCCCUCACAACUCACAACAGAAACCAAACGGAGCAAAAACCGGAAGGGGGAAAGAAAUGGCGGCGAUGCUCCGCCACGCCGCCGCCGCCGCAGCGGCGCUCCUAGCCGUCGCGGUCGUCUGCGCCGACGGUGCCUCCACGUUCUACUCCUCGGACCCCAACCUCGGAUCCGCCCGCGUCGUCUUCCAGACAAAUUUUGGUGAUAUUGAGUUCGGUUUCUUUCCUCAUGUUGCGCCUAAGACUGUUGACCACAUAUUCAAACUCGUGCGGCUUGGAUGCUACAACACAAAUCAUAUCUUCAGGGUCGACAAGGGUUUUGUGGCACAAGUUGCUGCUGUUGUAGGAGGUAGAACCGCCCCAAUGAAUGAGGAGCAGAAAAGAGAAGCAGAGAAAACAAUUGUUGGUGAAUUUAGUAGUGUCAAGCAUGUCAGGGGAAUCCUAUCCAUGGGAAGGCACUCUGAUCCAGACAGCGGCGGUUCAUCCUUCUCCUUUCUUCUUGGCGAUGCUCCACACCUUGAUGGCCAGUAUGCUGUAUUUGGGAGGGUCACUAAAGGUGACGAUACAUUGAGAAAGCUAGAGAGGCUUCCAACCCGCAGAGAAGGCAUUUUUGUGAUGCCGAUCGAGCGAAUCGACAUCCUGUCAACAUACUAUUAUGAUAUUGAUAUGGAGAGUUGCGAAGCAGAAAAAUCUAUUCUUAGGAGGAGACUUUCUGAAUCAGCAUCAGAAGUUGAGCGAUGGAGAAGAAAAUGCUUCGCUUGAUGCUGGAGUUAUGUCAGGAUACGAACUUGUCAAGUGCAGUAGGGCUGAUGGCUGAGGCACAGCACGGACUGUAUGGAAAGUGAAUUGCUCCCUGAAUGUGCAUGCUGUAUGCCUUUAAAUGUACUCAAAAGUGUUACAUGAGUCGAUGCUAUAGCUAUAAUGCUAAAUUAAAUAGAAAUGUGGUUACAUACAUACAUGCUCGGUGGGUUUUGUUUGCCACAGUUGCAACAAAGUCUCAGUUCAUCUCCUGUUUUUAGCUUGGUUUUGUCAAGACAAUGUAUGCUACGACCGGCACACCUACAUUUAUAUAUGGUCAUGAAACAUGCUUCUCAGAGAAGAUGAAA